AUGAAUGAUUCGAGCAAAGCCACCGAUCGACUUCUAGCUAUUGCCCGAUCAUUACAACACCCCGAGCAAAAUUAUGGUUUACCCGAAGAGUUCGUGAGAAAGCUUCGCGCUGCCCUUCUAUCAGACCCAUUAUUGCCGAGACCCAAUCCCUCCAUCUCGCUCUGGCAAGAACCUGUCCACCCAACUGUAUCAAGCAUUCAGUCUCCUACCCUUCCAUCGUACGCCGAUAUUGUUGUCAUUGGCUCUGGGAUAACUGGAUGCAGCGUUUCCAAAGCCCUCCUCGAGGACGACAGUCUAGAAUCGACAACUCGGAUCGUCGUGCUCGAGGCGCGUACCCUUGCCAGUAACGCAACAGGCCGUAAUGGAAGCCAGCUUGUCUCUCCAGUCCGACAUCUCUACAAUACUAUGUGCAAGAGGCAUAGUGAAGAAACAGCCAAGGAAAUGGGUCGCUUCAGCUUCAUGAACAUUGAGCGGAUCAUGGGUAUGCUCGAAGAACUAGAUCCAGAGCUACAGGAGUCCAGCGAGAUUCGACAUGUACACAAAGUCAUGGUUGCUGGCGAUGAAGAGACUUGGAAAACCUCGAAGGAGUCUCUGAACUCCUUUCGGGAGGCCAUCCCCAGCCAUCAGACCACCCAUCGUGUUACUGAGCAGGACAACUUGGCAAAGGACUUCAACAUCAAGAACGGCCAUGGUGUCAUCGACCAUCCUGCCGGCGCGGUCUGGCCAUACCGUCCCAUAACAGGAAUCUUCGAACGUCUUCUCGUCCAAUACCACGACCGCCUCUCGAUCGAGACGAAUACUCCCGCGACAGCGAUAAAAUACAUAUCUGGUACCGCAAGUGAUGGUUCUUCUAUGCCCGACUACCCAUACGUCAUUGAGACUCCCCGGGGUGCUAUUCAAGCCAAGCAGGUGAUUCACUGCACAAACGCGAACGCUGCCCACUUGUUACGCCCAUUUCGAUCAUGGAGCUAUCUGACCAAGUCUACUCUUGAUCCCGUGUCAGAGCGGUUCGAUGGAGGCCUGUACUAUCUCCAGCAGCAUGCCACAACUGGCGAUAUAUGGGUCGGCACUGAUUACUCCAAUAUCUUCGACGUUCUUACGUCUGACGACACUGCUGUACCUGGCCACUCAGUCGAAGCUUUGCUGAAAUUCUUGCCCAAAUACUUUGUGAAAGGAUGGCCAGAGGAUGAGCGACCGGAGUUGAAAGGAGUAUGGACUGGACUACAGGGCCAUACAUCGGAUGGACUUCCAUUGGUCGGUAAACUACUGAACCGAGGGAUUGGAGCUUUAUACGCCUCCAAGGCCGGCCAAGGAGUCAUCAUUUAG